AAUGCUGUAAAUGCUGCACAGGAGUGGGAGACGAUUCGUUCGAGGACAGAUUAAGGGUAGUUAAGGGAUAGGAUCCAGCUUGUAUCUUAAUACCUCGGUGUAAGAUUACUCUGACAAUAUCAUAAACUGUAGAAGUAUGAAAUGUAUAUGUGCCAUUGCGUGGAUGAAUAAUUACAAAGUGGCGCCAACGAAAAAGACCGAUGAAACGACCGGUCAGAUGUUGCUUUUUACGGUUCCUCAUUAAAUGAACGAACUGAAGGAACGCUAGUUCCGCUAGUUCUUGCAUACUACAUAUGAAAGGCGUAUAGUGUACAUUACUAUGGUGUGUGAAGGUUAGAACUCAUAUACAACCUUUAUUCAUUGUGCACAUUAGAAUAGUUUAGUUUAAAAUCGAUCAUUUAUUUUAAGAAGAUAAACGGUUUUGUCGUGUUCUUCAGCGACGAUUUUACUUGAGUAAUCAUGGUAGAAUCCCAAGCCUCUGGAGUGCCUUCCAAUGACACUACUCCAGCCAAAGAAAAUUUGUCUUCAGUUGGCGAGGAUAACUAUGGUUACGAUCUAUAUCCCGAGAGAAAAGGAGAACAAUACAAACCUGGUUGGAAGAAAGUACUUCUUGGUCAAGCCGGAUAUCAUAUUGACAAAGUGAAGUGUGAAAGAAAUGUGUAUUCAUGUGCAAAAAACAGCCCUCUUGUGAAGUUAAUGAUGGCAGCACUAAGAAGCUCUGGAUGUUCUUUUGACAUUCGUCGUCAUGUUGCAUGUGAAGAUUGUGAACCAACUGUCAGUGGAGGGUAUGACCCUAAACUCAAUCAGGUUGUUAUUUGUCAGAAUAUGGUUCAUUCUGAAGGAACUGUGCAAGGCAUUCUCACUCAUGAAAUGAUCCAUAUGUUUGAUUACUGCAACAAUAAAUUGGAUUUUAAAAAUGUGGAUCACCUAGCCUGCACAGAAAUCAGAGCUGCUAAUCUCACUCAUUGCAGCUUCUUGAGUGCAUGGGCCCAAGGGGAUGCUUCACCAUUUGAUGUUAAAAAGCGCCAUCAGGAGUGUGUGAAAACCAAAGCAGUGGCAUCUGUAAUGGCUGUACGAAAUAUUUCAGCAAAGGAAGCGUGUAAUGCAGUGGAACGUGUUUUUAAUAGAUGUUAUAAUGAUCUAGAACCCAUUGGACGAAGAAUUCGUCGCAACUCGUAUGACAUGCAAAAGGCUUACAUGGAAGCUCCACUUUAUGGAUAUGAGUAAUAUUGACAAAAAUGACAGAGAAUGUGAUUCUUACAUUAUUAGUAAUAAUUAUAGAUGUGUAUAUAUUUCUAAUGGUGAAGUGAAUCCACCACUUCAUCUCUGUACCUGAAGAAAGGUUUCAACAAUGCAGAUUGUGAAUUGUAAAAAUGUUUUUAUAGUUGAUUAGACAUUGUUACAACAAUAAAUUAUAUAUAAAAAAUUAAAUGCUUUUCUAUCUUACAUAAAAUUCUAUUUAAAAUAAAAAAACUUCUCCCGCACUC